AUGUCGGAUCUGACACCAAUUAAACUACCUUCAUCUGCUCCCUUUCCAGUUAUUAUAUCAUCAAUACAAUGCAGACAGGGAGACUCGAUUGCAAAGCACGAAACUAUAUUUAAAUACAAGUACUGGGUAUAUCAAGACGAUCCCAAUUCAAAAGAAGACCCACCGAAAAAGAUGCGUGCUGAAUGUAUUGGUACUUUUGAAAGUCCCAUUGAAGGAACGGUUGAAUCGAUCGAUAUUCAGCCUCAGGAAGAAGUUACCCAUAGUGAUGUGGAAAUAUUACAUAUAAGGGAAGCUUGUGCUCAUACGGUGCAAUAUGGCGGGUUGUGUGCGUUAUGUGGCAAAUCGCUAGAAGAAGAACGCGAUUAUUCAGGAUAUGACUACGAAGAUAGAGCAACGAUAGCUAUGUCGCAUGAUAAUUCGGGAUUAAAGAUUAGUUUUGAUGAAGCUGCAAAAAUUGAACAUAGUACCACCGAUAGAUUGAAUGAUGAAAAGAAGUUGAUUUUGGUUGUCGAUUUAGAUCAAACGGUGAUUCACGCAACAGUUGAUCCAACGGUUGGAGAAUGGCAACUGGAUCCUUCUAAUCCAAACUAUCCCGCUGUCAAAGAUGUGAAAACAUUUUGUUUGGAAGAGGAUCCAAUAGUGCCUCCCGGGUGGACAGGACCAAAAUUGGCACCAACCAAGUGUUGGUAUUAUGUUAAAGUGCGACCAGGAUUAUCGGAGUUUUUAGAAAAGAUGGACACAAAAUAUGAAAUGCAUAUCUAUACUAUGGCAACAAGAAAUUAUGCUUUGGCAAUUGCAAAAAUUAUUGAUCCAGAUGGUAAAUAUUUUGGUGACCGAAUCUUGAGUCGUGAUGAAAGUGGGUCUCUUACACAUAAGAAUUUAAAAAGAUUGUUCCCCGUUGAUCAAUCAAUGGUGGUGAUUAUCGAUGAUAGAGGUGAUGUUUGGCAAUGGGAAAACAAUUUAAUAAAAGUAGUUCCUUAUGAUUUUUUCGUUGGUAUUGGUGACAUUAAUUCCAGCUUUUUGCCGAAAAAGAAUGGACAAUUGACUGGACCAAUCAAAAAGAGGAAGUCAGUUGCUAAAUUAGAAGCAGCAGCCGAACUCAGCAAGGAAGAGGAAGAGCUAGCCAAACUACGAAAAGGUGAAACCAAUGGAGUGCAAGAGCAUGUACAAGAAAACCCACCCAAUACAGUUGACAGAAUUAUUGAGUUGGGUGGCGGCGAGGGAAAUACCGAUUUAUUAUUGGAGCAAUCAAUAACGCGAAACCAGUCUAUUGAACAGCAACAACAUGACCGACCUUUGGCUAAACUACAACACGAUUUGGAACAAUUGCAAGAAAAAUCAGAUGGUGAGAAAUCAUCGCAUUCUGAAGAUGGUGAGGAUGAAGAAGAGGAGAAUUUGUUGUAUGAUGACGACAAUGAGCUUACUUCGCUUAUGAAGGUACUAGAUAAUGUUCAUGAAGAGUAUUAUAACUUGUAUGAUGAUACGAAAGCCAAGUUGCAUAGUAUCAAACCUGAUUUGACCAAAAUAAUACCGCGUAUGAAGAGUCAAUGUUUACAAGGGGUGACGAUACUCUUUUCCGGGAUCAUUCCACUUGGAGUCAAUAUCGAUUCUGCUGAUAUAGUCAUUUGGUGCAAACAAUUUGGAGUUAAAGUUGUAAAUGAAGUAUAUCCUGAGGUGACGCAUGUGGUUUGUCGUGAUGUUUCGCCAGAAGCUGGACCUACUUUUAAAGCUAGAGUUGCACAUAAAUUAUACCCUGAUUCUAUCAAGAUAGUCAACCCUGAUUGGUUAUUUUCUUGUUUAAGUUUGUGGACAAAAGUUGACGAAGAAGAUUAUUUAAUAUCAACUUCUGAUCCCAAGUUAUGGUUUGUCAAACCAAAUGAGAUUGAAAAAUACAAAAAAAGAUUAGAGGAAGCUAAGCAAACAACUGAUUUUGAGAUAGACCCAUUAACCGGUGACGGUGAUGAAUGGAACCCUGGAAGAUCCAAUUCCAUCAAUUCAAUUGAAGAUUACGGUUUAGAUGAAGCUGACCAGGAAGUUGAUGAUUUUCUUGCUGGACUUAGUGAUGAUGAGGAAGACAACGAAAAUAGUGACGAUGGCAAUGACGAAGAAGAGGAAGAUGAUGAGGUUACAGCUACCUCUGACGGUCAUGAUUCUUUUAUAAGAGACAUGUAUAGGAAGAAGAGAACCACUACUGAGGUUGAAGAAGAUGAUGACGAAGAAAAAGAAAACCCAAUGGAUGUCGAUGAUAACAAAAAGCGCAAAAUAGAAUCAAAUGGUGGUGAUGAGCAUAAUGCUGAUGACGAAGAGAUUGACGUUUUGGAACAGGCAUUAUUAGAUGGGUUUGAUGAUCUUGAAGGGUGA